GGUUGCUUAAACACAACACAAACGCCAUUGUGCUAUCCCACUGAAGAAGGCAUGCCCAUGUAUUAUUUAACGAUUCCGUGUUCCUUCUCUCUCUUUCUCUUUCUCUAGAUUGCUUACAAUAACUUUGGUUUGAGCCAUGCUGAUGGUCAGAUUGAUUUUAGUCUUUUGCUAUUCCCUACAAGUUCAGGUGCCGCCAAUCUUCAACAUCCCCAAGACAAUGCUUCAGGUUUAUGGGCAGUCCGUUUGUUGCGUUAGUUAAGAUCUGUUGGGUAGUGUGCCAAUGGGAGGAGUCCCGUUGACAGGUUUAUAUCUGUUGUUGCAUGGAACAUAUCCACGCUACGCCCUCUGAUGUUUGGGGUUGCUCCGAGAAAUCCCAUUCCUGGAGAAACUCACUAUGUCUCUAGAGGCACUCUGGACGUACUGUUUGAACAGGUUUCUCAUCACCAACCAGUAUCUUGACUUCAUGCAAUGACAAAAAUGGAAUUAAAAUGAUAUGGUGCCAUCAUAUUGUCCUGAGAUUCAAUGAAUUUUUCCACUGCAAGUUAUUAGUCCAUAUUUGUGGAAUUGAAGACCUUGAAACCAAUAUGAGGAGAAAUUCAGAAUAUUCAGUUUCUUUACUCUUUUCAUCAGUCCAUGAACUAUUUCAAGGUUAUUACUUCUGUCAAGCUCAAAGGGAGGAUUUCUUUCAGCGAGCCAAGCCUUAUAAGGGCCUUCCCACGAUUCUAAGGAAGUCCCAUAUUUCAGAUGGACCAGGCUACCAGGAAAUCUACUUUAAUCCAGGAGACACUGGCUUUAAGGUUUUCCAUACUAAAUUGCAAAAAUUGGAGUUGUGUUUGUCAGCAAUUUGCUGGGAUCAGUGGUUUCCAGAGAUACUGGACCAGUUCGAGCUAUGGUUCUCCAAGGUGCAGAAACCUCAAGAUACUGGACUUGAUUCUCGUGAUCACUGGAAGCGAGUCAUGCAAGGGCAUGCCGGAGCCAAUUUGGGAGUAGGAAGGCUAGGUGCUGCAGCAGUGGAUAUGAGCCUUGUAGCUCUUCGAAUUGUUGAAGCAUAUUGGGAAUAUUGUCUACAACCAUGGGAUAUGGCUGCUGGUGUUUUGCUUUUGGAGUGAAUUGGUCCUGCUACAGAGAAAUUGGAGAAGAAGGGUAUUGAUUUUCGUUGUGGUUUAAGCCAGAAAACUAUCAGGUGCCUUCUACAUUCAUUUUGCUCUAACUGAAUUUGAAAGAGGAAAGUAGUGGAAAAUUGGCUUCAUUUGUUGCUACUAUUCAUCCACGAUUUAUAUUUUUAUCACAUGAUCAUAAAUAGCUAGAUAGGUUCGUAGUUUUGAACUGAGUGAAGGCCACGUCUCCCUAAUCUGUGCUCUGACCAAUUUAAUAGAUUGAUUGGUUUCACUUUACUUUCUUUGGCGGUCUUUUGAGUUGAAAACAUGUGUGGGACUCUGUCUCAGAUACUGCAAUUUGGUAUUUCCAUCACUUGUCAAUUUGUUAAAUUUCAAAUUUGAAACCAAAUGAAUGCAUCAGAAAACAUUUAUCCAUGCCAUGUAGUUCUUUAGUCUAUUGAACUUCCCCUUAACGUAUAUAUAUUUUUAUUUUUAUUUGUACAUACACAGUGAUUGAACUUCCCCUUAACAAAUACCAUUUUAGAUAGGGUUGCAAACAAAUUGAGCAGCUUGAGGGUUGCGUCGUCAAGGGCUUGGCUUGGGUCAACUAGUUCAGCAAUCGGUCCAAGCUCGAGUUUUAGGCUCGUCUUCAUUCGUAUAGGCUCGACUCAACUAUAGAGGCUCAUUUAGUAAAUGAACCAGGCUCGGCUCAAUAAGGGCUCGGUUUUUAGCUCGAGUUCGAGUUUUAGGCUCGUUAGUAAAGGAGCCGAGCUAGAACACUUCACUCAUUUGCACCCCUAAUUUCAAAGCGUGACCCACCUUGGUUAAUUAUCAAUUCCAACACUCGAAUAUGAAUCUAGGUGACAUCGCCAUUGAUUGUCAAUCAAAACUAGGCUUUUAAGAAAGACUUUCCAGAUUAAUUUUCCCUUGCUCUUCCUUUCAUUGAGACCCAUAAUACUUUGUUUACCUCUCAUAGUAUGAUUCCAGGGUCGCACAUAGGAGUGUUAAGGUUGUCCCACAUCGGUUAAUUAUCACUUCUAGGAAGCUUGAGUGGUCUCUACACUCCUUGCCAAUGGAUAUUGAGUUGGAUACUUUUAACCAAUCAUGAAAAUAUGGGAAAAUUUGAAGGGCUAGAUGGCUACUUGAUUAGUAAGUUUGCAUGAAAAUGAAAAAGAUAGCGAAGCAUUUGUCUGAGAGUGGAGCUUUAUUAAUGUCCAGCCUCAGGUUGUUAUGAUUAUAUUUAUUACAUGUCUUGUGCCUAGUUUGCAGGGCUUCCAUUACGAACCUUGGUUACAGAACUAGCAUUAUAUAGCACUUGCUACCACGCUAGGUCACAAUGUCUAAAUGAAAAGCUGAAUGCAAAAGUGUAUUGUUCUUCUUGGUAGAUCUAAAGCUUCAGGCUUUUGGCUGAAUGGCAAUGCCUUUGAUGACCAGACCUCUCUUCCACAUCCCAGCUUUGCAUUCAUAGACGGAGAAUUGAAUGUCUCCAAUUUUUUCAGGAGGUGUCCUAAACUCACCUGCUGGAAUUUCUAUCUAUCGUCCCCUUGGAUUUUCCAUCUAUUUUUCUUCAUGAUGUUAAGUUGUUUCAUUUGGGAGAAACAUUCACUUAAACUUCCCAACCAAAAGUGGGAUCUUUUAACAUGACCAAAAAUACCACCUCUUAAACUUAUACCAGUUAACACAACAAACACAUCACUGUGAGACAAAGACAAACAAAACAUUCUUGAAUUGGUAGGAGGAUUUCUGGACAGAAUGACUUUGAUGGUUAUCAAAAAUUGGAUUUUACACCAUCAACUCUUUGGUGUAUAGGUUGGGGGGUAUCCUUCCCAAGGACUGGAAUUUGGUUCUUGAGGACAAAGAAAUAGUAGGUUUCAGGCUACAUCAUAAGUGUACAUAUCCUUUUAAAAGUUUUAUCCCAAGUUUUGUAAUAUUGAAGUUUAACCCCCAAAAGAGCUUUCACUUUGUUCACUUACUAGUUUUGAAUUUUUGUUUACUCUCUACACAGUUCUCAAUAAAUUUCUCACUCUCUCUCUCUCUCUCUCUCUCUCCACUCAUUAUAUCAAAUUUUUUUUCCUCAAAACUCAUAACCAAACAAAGUGUUUGUUAAAUUGUAUACUCUACUUUGUAGUAUCCCAUACAGGUCUUGCCAUGUCCCAGGUAGAUCACCUCGUGUGAAUCAAAGAAAACUAAUUAAAAUAAAUGGACACACCACGUGGCGUUCCUCGCUAUGUACCCGGUAUAUCUGUUUUUAGCGUGUUUGACACUCAUACAAUGACUAACUUAGGUGUGUUAGUGCUUCAUAGCCAGAGGUUGUAUUUGGAUAUUAGAACGCUGGGAAAAAAACUCAAUCUUCCUCUUCUGAUCUCUUUUCCCUUCACAAAUCAAUAUUUUGGAUCAUGGGUUGGAAUUUGGUUGGAAGUUCUAAGGGACUUGUCAUAGUCAUGGAUGAUGAAUGAUGGAUUUGUGAAGCAAGUCCCACAUCGCUUGGGUACCAAAGUAAGCGUGAGAGCACCCUCACUUAAAUAGCUAGCUUUUAGAGUUGAGUUUUACCCAAGAAGGUGUAACAUGGUAUCAGAGUCGGGUAUGCCAAGGAUGGGUAAGGUGUGUGUCCCUGGCCUGCACGUGACAGGUGCUGUCGAGUGUGCACGUUGGGCGUGAGGGAGGGUGUGAAGCGAAAUCCCACAUCGCUUGGGUACCAAAGUAAUAUGAAGAAUAUAAGCAUGAGUGCACUCUUACUUCAAUAGACAGGAGUCAACUUUAUUUUUUUUCUCCUAUAAAUGGAUCCGAUACCAGUUUUGUACUUUAAUCCAAUGCCUAUGAUUAAAGAUGUCGAAUUUGAUUGUUGCUCUCAUCUUAUUCAAGGGGUAUGAACACUUAAAGACUUAUUGCCCAUCUACUCAUUGGUAUGUAUUAGAUUGUUAACCACCAACUUUAUUAUUUAUAUUCUCAACACACCCCUUCACGUGUAGCCAGACUCUCUUCCAUAAGGGGCUAAACACGUGUAAAUUUUAAUCGUUAGGUAGGCGGUGAUGUUCGAACAUAGGAUCUAUUGUCUGCUUUGAUACCAUAUUAGAUUGUUAACCACAUACUCAUCUAAAAGCUUAAGCUGUUAGAGAGAGGGGCAACUUUAUUAUUUAUAUUCUCAACAAUAUGUAGCAUGAUUUUGAUUUACAUUGGUGUUUUAGAGUACAAGAUUACUAUUUGAACUGAUUUCAUGUCAUCAUUAAUCAUAAGAAACACAAUUAAAGCCUUUAAGGAUUUAUCUUAAUAUUUGGUUUACGUAAUUAAUAUAUGGUUGCAUGAUCUAUGGGGUCAAAAAAGGGUUUUAUAUAUUCGUAACCAGUUUGCAUUCAUUAGCACAUCAUCACUGUGAUUAAGUUUAUUUUUUAGGCUCUUUAUGGAUAUGAUUACUUGACUGUAGAUGUGAUUGUAGAAUCUUAUUCUUCGCUGCAAUCGCUUCGAUCCACCCCCUCGGUGAAAAACCGUAAUACGCCCUGAGGAAUUCCUACCAGACUUCCCUCCCCGUACUCAAAAUUUUCAAGUUUGAUGUUUAUAU